ACUAUCCGCCAGGCGCAGCUCCGAUGGGCGUGAAACCUCCAGGGAACACCGCACCUCAGAGGGUGAGCGGGAAAUCAGAGAGCUUUCAUGAAGAAAUGUCGAAGAAAUACGUCCAAGAGCAUCUUUACCAAGACGGUGGAGGCGUCUAUCGUUCACCUAGAACUCUGAGGCCUCAGCUAGGUUUGGGGGCAGUCACCAGGCAGCCCGCGGCCAAGACAAGAGUCCCGCAAAUGGGUCAGAGGUCAGCUCCACUAUCCUGCCGUGCAGCAAGCGUGUCCACCCCAGGCCUCCAGGACCAAACAGGUCCAGAAAUCACACCCAAAACUGUCCUGCUGAAGUCGGGCCAGUCCGGUCUCCGUCCUCCAGGCUUUUCCAGCCUUCCAGCUGCUCGACUAGCUGCUUUAGGCGUCAUACGCAGCUCCAGCGCCUCAUCGUUGUCCAGCAGCCAGUCCAACGACAGCUGUCACAACGACCAAUGUCACUAUCCCUGCUCUGGCGGUGAUGAAACACUUCCACACAAAGCCGUCAUAGACAGUGAAACCUCCCAGGCUAAGGGCCGGGUUCAGCCCUCCAGCACUACGAGUCUGCAGAAUCGUAACCUAUCACCCCAACAUGGCUCCUCCCUUGUGUCGAGGACAGACCUGCAGAAGGACACAGAGGCUGUGUUCUCACCAAGAUCUUCCCCUAAAAGAUGUGCUGUGGUUCCACCAAAGCCACAAUCACCCUCUCGCGGUCGAACAGCAGCGGUUCCUCGGACAGGACGGUGUCAGGAAGUGGACCGGGCUCUGAUCCAGCGGCUACAGGAGCGAUGUGAGCAGCAGGCCCUGCAGCUGCAGACUCUCCAGGUCCAGCUGAAGAAGGCCUCUCUGUGCCUGGAUGUUUUCAGCAUCACCACUCUGCACUUUUGUGAUAAGAAUGAGAGCGCCAUUGUAAAAGAGAGGGAGCUGUCCCUGGAGCUCGGCAGAAUCAGGGAUGAAGUGGCUGUUAGCGUCGCGCACUGGGAGCAGCUGCAGCAGGAGAAGGAGGAUCAGGAGCACCGUUUUGAGGCUGAGCUGCAGGGGCUGCAGGCUCAGCAGCGGAGCGAGCUGGGAGCGCUGGAGGAGAGGCUGAAGGCUCGGCACGCAGAGGAGACCGAGAGCCUGCAGGCCCAUCAGCGAGCUGAGCUGGAGGAGCUACAGUUCAGACACCAGGAGCAGCUUGAGGAGAUGACAGAGAAUCAUGAGGCAUCCUUGACAGAGAUGGAGACAGCCCACAAUGACACUUUGGACACUUUGCAGGAGGAGCAUGCAAGGACAGUAAAGAAUCUGAAAAUGGCUCAUGAACAACAGAAAAAGUCUCUAGAGGAAGAGUUUGAGAAAAUCAGACUUUCACUCCAGGAUCAGGUGGACACGCUUACCUUUCAGAACCGCAGCCUGAGAGAUCGAGCCAAACGCUUUGAAGAAGCUCUUCGUAAGAGCACAGAUGAGCAGAUAGUUGACGCUUUGGCUCCAUAUAAGCAUAUUGAUGAGGACCUGAAGAGCCUUAAAGAAGUUCUGGAGAUGAAGAAUCAACAAAUUCAUCAACAGGAGCUGAAGAUUUCUGAACUGGAGAAAAUACAGGCUGAAAAGAAUGUGCACCUAGAGGAGAGACUGCAAGUGUUGCAGCAGCAGAACGAAGACCUGAGAGAGCAGAUAGACAAGAAUCAAGCUGUGUCCAGGCAACUCUCUGAAGAGAACGCCAACCUGCAGGUGCACGUGGAGAUGGAGAGCAAAGAGAAGAAGCGUCUGAGCCGCACCAACGAGGAGCUGCUGUGGCGUCUGCAGACAGGCGAGCUGAGUCCACACAUGACCCCCAGCUCCUCCCCCAUCCACCACCCAGCCUCUGGACCGGGCUCCCCCGCCCGCCCCCACUCCUACCACCAGUGACUGUUUGUACCAAACAUCUUAUUUUAUUAGUGUUUUGUUUAACUCUGAAAAAAUGUUCCUCUGUUUUAAAGGAAUAUUAUACAAUCAGUGGACAAAGAGACAGUAAUAUGUUCUGUUUGUUUGGGGAGAAUCUCCUCUCAUUUGAUGCAUUUCCAAAACACUUUUUUUUUUCUUUGACCUCAUGAAUUGUACGGAUAAUUACACAAAGAGUAAAACCUUAGCAUGUUUCUCCAGCAGGUGAAAGUUCAGAGAGCAUCGCAGUGCCUCAUUUACAUGUUAUCGCCUCCAUUUACAUUUUCAUCUUCUCCUCCAGCUCUCAGGAUGAUGGAUAAAUAAGACAUAGUAAACUCAAAAAACAUGAAGCGCCUUCAGUCAUCCAUUCCCUCCCACCAGCAAGGUCCACCUGGGGGUUGGCAGUAUUAUCAGAAAAAGCCAACUUCAGUUCUUAACAUUUUCAUGUAGAAACAUUUCAUUUAUCAUGAGUGUAUGAUUUAUACCAAGUCAUCUAACCCCAAACCAUUUAUAACUCCACUUUACUGCCAAUACAGUGUAUGUAUAUUAUGAGUUAUUACGUGUGUAGACUCUGUAGAUGUAUGACUAUCUUUGCAGCAUGGGUUGUCUUCCGAUUAGAACAGAUUUUCAGAUUAUUUCAUGUAUGUAUGAUGAUAAGAAUUAAAAAGAAGCACUUCAACAUAUUUUGGAGAAGAAAGAACCCUCACCCUCAGUUGAAUUAAAGAAAAGGUAGUCAACUCACACAAAAUAAAACCACCAAAGAUGAAGUUCUUAAACUAUGACACUGCAUCAGUUACAUGCUUGGAACUCAAUGCAGAACAUUCAUGCUUCAGACGAAGCCCCUUGAGUUUUUUUUACAUUUUGGGAUGUUUCAAACACAAACUUGAAUGUUUUUAUUUGGAUUUCAUGAGCUGAAAGCUGAAAAGUAUGCCAUACAUACUGUAUGUAAGCUAAAAAAGCAUACAUGUAAGAUUCCAACAUAUGAUUAUUCCUUCAUCUAAACCAUUCCAAUGUAAAUCUGGCGAUGUGUUUAGGGUUACUGCCCUGCUGGAACCUUUUCAUAUUCCGGCAGGUUCGUCUUUAAUUUAGCGCCAUUCAUUUUCACAUCAACUCCGAUAAGCUUGAUGCUGCUACCACUGUGUUUUCACAGUGGAAAUAAAGGUUCUUUAUUCAACCUUUAUUUAACCACGAUAAAACUUCUUGAGAUCUCAAGAAAAUUUUAUGUUAAUACCCAAUUGCCUGUAUUUAGAUGAGAUUAAAUCACAUAU